CACGGGCUGUGUGACACUGGUGCCUCACAUAUAAACAAAACACUUCUUGCAUGGCUCUGUGGACCUUUAACAACUAACGUAAACAGUCUCAAUGUGGUUAGAGAGCUGAUAAAAGUACCUAAGGUUGAAAGAGGAUGACUCCAUUGAUGAAAAGUUAAGAGUUGAGUCCGCUGAGAGUGACCUGAAGUGAUAAUUGCAUGCUGCAUGUCUGAUAACCACCCAUCACCCACCUGCACUUCCUCUCAGUUCUGAUGCAUGGCCCCCUCUUUAGAUAUGAAUACGUCUCGCCGUUCCUUGCAUGUUGUGCUGUGAGAGUGGCAUCAUGAGGGAAGACAGGGAUAAUCCUCUGACACUGUCAUCCAAGAAACCAUGCCUGGGCCAGGCGGACUAUGGACGAGAGCUGGAGAAGCUGCGUGCUGAUUGGGAUGCAGAGAAGAAGCUAACGCAGCGGGCCCGUGGACACCUCUCUGUGGAGCUGAGGCACCUGCGGCAAGAAGCAGAGAGGGAACAGCAGAGGGCUGUGAGGGAGCUGGCAGCCAGACGAAGGUGCCAAAAGGACGGGCACUCUAACAGAAACCAGCGUCUGCUGGCUAAGGAGGUGAACAUUAACGACAGUGGACGUCACACUGAAGUCGAGUCCACAGAAAAAGAGGCUUUUUGUUUGUGUGGUGGAGAAACUUACACUAAGCUUGAGCAGUUGCUGCUGACGCUAUAUGAGAAGAUAAAUGGUGAGCAGGCAGUCUAUAAAUUGCAUCACAGGCAGGAAUUGGAGCUAGAAAAGGCCAUCUUCCUCUGCCACCUGCUAGAGGCCCAUGGAAGACUGUUGCAGGGAAGGCAAAGAGCAGGAAAGCCCAGCUACAUUUCUAACAGUCUCUCAAGAAAGCCAACUCUGGAAGACGGUAGUAACUCCUGUCAGACAAAGCCUCUUCUAACCUGCUCCAGGGCCUUGCCACAGAGAUCCCAGACUGCUUCCCACUCACCUAAAAAGAAAACCAAACAAGAUCUGAGAGAGCAGCCUUCAGGGAGGGCCGUCUGUGCAGCUGACCCCUGCACCUCCGCUGCAGUUGUGGACACCUGUCAGAGUGGCUCGCUGACAAUUUGUCACCCUCACAACGCUCCCCAUGCAGGCUGGGACGACCAGCCCCCCUACUGCGCCGAGUCCUCUGGGUCAGACAAGUCAUCGCCCUCCAAAUGCAUGGACAGAAACAUGGAGAGAGUGAUGUAUGACCUGUGCACUCGGCCUGAGCAGCCAGAGCCUGCACCUGCACACACAGGGAUGGAGAGCCGCGAGGUGGCCGAAGCUCUUGGGCAACAACAGCAGGAGUUGAGGGAGUCGGAAGAGCAGGAUGAUAAGCAUCGUGGGCUCUUGGACAAGGCAGACCCAACUACGGCUAAUAUCACUUCAACGUCGUUGUUAGGGAAAAGGCACCACUCACUUUAUGCAAAUCUCAAUGGUUUUGAAGUGGAAGGCUUACGCACGAAUGGUACCGACUAUGGCUUCCUGGUGCGUCAGAACUCUGAGCUCUUGCGAGCCCUCGAUGAGCUGGAGAAGACUUGUACCACACUGAGGGAGGAGAAUGGCCUGCUGCGGAAGAGCAGCGCACCAGAGACCGAGGAGAAGGUCAGGCGGCUGAGGAGAAAGAACACAGAGCUGUCUGUUCUUGCUAAGAGGCUGGAAGAGAGAGCUCGAAAACUGCAGGAGGCCAACCUCAGAGUGGUGAAUUCCCCGUCACUGAUGAGACCCGGGUCAGUGGAGCAGUACAAGAGGGCGUUUGCCCGUCAGAGAGCUCGGGACCUUGCCCAGCACGCCGAUGCUCUGCUGUCUAAAGACAAAGAGAUCGCUGCCCUACAGCACGAGUGCAGAGAGCUGGAGGCUCGGCUCGGCACCACCAAGGGCUCCCCUGGUCCAUCUGGCAGAGUGGAAUUUGAGAGGCUUCUCAGGGAGUCUCAGAGGGAGGUGCUGCGGCUCCAGAGGCAGCUGUCGGUCACAUCAUCCGGACAUCAGCACGACCAUAGUCUCGACUCCAGCGGCCCAGGGAAGUGUGGGGAAAUCCAGGAGGAGGAUGAGGAGCAGGGGGAGGAGGAAGAAGAAGAAAAGGUUGUAGGAGAGACCCCGUGUGUGGUAUUAGAUGAAGCUCCAUCCAGGUGUGAGAAGACUCCCGGAGAGGAGGAGGAGUCGGGGCUGCGAGUAACCCCCCAACCGGGCCUUAGCCCGACCCCCUCCCAUCAGGAGGAGCACACAGAGGAGCAGCACCUACAGUUUCUGGAAAGUGAGCUGAGCAAGAAGAGAAAAGAAUGUGAAAACUUUGAGCAUGAAGUAAAGAAGCGACAGAAGAGAUGUCUGGAUUUGGAGAGCCAGCUUGAGGAUGAGCGAGGCAAAAAUGAGCGACUAAAGGAGGAGGCAGAUCUCCUCAGGAGGAAGGCGCAGCUGCUCGACCAGACUCGGGCUGAGAAUGAGGAGCUGAGGGAAGAUCUCUCUGAAGUGACCGCUCAACACAAUUCAGUUCUCGAGGAGAACCAGAGACUCCGUGCCAAACUGGAGGACCUAGAGCAGGUCCUAAAGCAUAUGCGAGAGGUCGCCGAGCGAAGGCAGCAGCUGGAAUUGGAACAUGAGCAGGCACUGGCUAUCCUUAAGUUCAAACAGGAUGAAAUCAAACGGUUACAGCGGGCUCAGUUAUAUGCCAAGAGGGAGCAUGAAGGAGUGGUUCAGAUGCUGGAGAGUACACUGGACUGCAUGCAGUCAAAGGUACGAGACCUGGAGGACAAAUGUCGCAGCCAGAGCGAACAGUUCGGCAUGCUGUCCCAAGAGUUGGAGAAGUUUCGACUGCAGGCCUCGAAGGCGGACCUGGCCAGCGCUAGCCUCUUCAACAAUUCCAGCCUCUCUGUUCUGACCAAUGGGGUGGGUCUGACUACAGAGCGAGACUGCACUGGUGGCUCAUGGGAUAUGGUGUCUCUGGGUGAUAUAGCCUUCUGGAGUCUCGAGGGAGGUGACACUCUCUCCUGCCCUGAGGAUGUGGCCGCUGCGCUGCGGCUGGGGGCCACCCCCCACGCUGCAGGGCUGUCCCGGGUGGAGCGAUCGCCUGUCACCAAGCAUCGAGAGCUGCCCACCAUUAGCGUCAGCAAGUCAGGCUCUUCCUCCAGCAAGUCAGAGACCGCACACCUCACCCCCAAGUCUGACACCCACCUCAGUCCGCACAAAUCAAGCCCAACACAUGAGGUGGACACUGCCAGUGAAGUGGAGGAGCUGGACAUUGAUGUAGCCCCGGCUCCUUACACAGCCAGCAGAGGAGCAGCAAAGCUUCAGGUUUUCAUUGCAAGAUACAGCUAUAAUCCCUAUGAUGGCCCCAAUGACAACCCUGAAGUGGAGCUUCCACUCACUGCAGGAGAAUACAUCUACGUGUAUGGAGACAUGGAUGACGAUGGCUUCUAUGAAGGUGAGCUGAUGGAUGGACGGCGAGGGCUGGUCCCCUCUAACUUUGUGGAACGCGUAUCGGACGAUGAUGUCAUGAGCACCCACCAUCCAGAGACAGCGGACAUGUCCCAUAACUCCCUGCUCGACAGCAGCCUGCACAGUGCCAGCCACCAGCAUCACCUCCACAUAGGAAGGACAGAGGCCUCAGCCGCCUCAGCCCCUGCCUCAGCCCCCUCAGAUACAGCAUCGGCCUUGGCUGUCCCAGCCCCCCUCACCAACGGCCUGGACCUGGAUUUGGAGGAGGUGGGAGUGGACAUUGUGCCUUACCCACGUAAGCUUACCCUCAUCAAGCAGCUUGCCAAGAGCAUCAUCAUCGGCUGGGACCCUCCGUUGGUGCCGGCUGGGUGGGGCAAUGUGUGGAGCUAUAAUGUGUAUGUGGACCAGGAGCUGCGGCUCAAUGUGCCCUUCGGUGCCCAGACCAAAGCGGUGCUGGAGCGGUUGGACAUAAACCUCAAGGCCUACCGCGUGUCAGUGCAAAGCCUGACAGAGAAGGGCCCCUCAGACCAGAUGCGCUGCAGCAUGCUGGUUGGUCGGGACGUUUGUGUGGCGCCCACGCAGCUGCGCGUGGAGAGGAUCACCGCCACCUCUUCCAACCUGUCCUGGCUGCCCAGCAACAGUAACUAUGUGCACAUUGUGUCCUUGAACGAGGAGGAGUGCGAGCUGGUGAAGGCUGGCUGCUACUCGCUGUGCCUCAAUAACCUCUUGCCCAGCCUGCAGUACACAGUCAAAGUGGAGGCACGGCCACACCGCACGCCAUGGGAAUUACCCGUGGAGCGACGCGAACACAGAAGCGCUACAAUCACCUUCACCACACUGAUGGCAGGUCCCCCUGAUGCUCCUCUGGAUGUACAGCUGGAGCACGGCCCCUCCCCGGGCAUCGCCCUCAUCAGCUGGCUGCCAGUCACUAUAGAUGCUUCCGGGACCUCCAACGGAGUCCGUGUCACUGGAUACACGAUAUAUGCUGACAAGAAAAAGGUGCUGGAGGUGUCUUCCCCAACGGCCGGCAGUGCCCUGCUGGGCCCCUCUCAGAUGCAGUCCCUGCUGGCAGCUCGGGAGCUCACUGUCCGCACCAUGUCCGCCCACGGGGAGUCCUGCGACUCUCUGCCAGUCAAUGUGCCCACCAAGCUGGCUGCCAUCAUGGCAGGUCCAGCUUUCACCGCCCCAGUUGUGCCAGCCCAACCCUGCAGCCCUACAGGUUGCAGUAACCUGUCCUCACCGCCGUCCUACGAACACUCUGCUGCCAAAGUCUCCAUGCUGCCCAGCACUUUGCCAUCAGACACAAACAUCACUGGCCUCGCAGUGGAGGCUGCUGCCAACCCUCCUCAUGCUCUCCACUCAGAAAAUCUUCUCUUGUCUGCUUCAUAUGUGAACGCCUGGGCCAACCCCUCUUCUGCUGAUGCCAUGGCUGUGUGUGAGGCCAUAUUACCGGGAGACUCCACCAUUACUCCUGUGGUUGAUGUAACCUCCCCCACCGCCUCAGCACCUCAACCAUCUAUAGUAGCAGCAGCUGCAGAAGCCCCAGUCAUGGUGGCAGCAGCAGUAGCAGCCGUGUUGGAGCAGCGCAGAGACACCGCCAGCCCUGGAACAAUACGUCCUUUCCCAUCUAUCACAGAUUUCAUGGAGGACCCCAGUGCCAAGCUCCUCGGGACCCCUGAGCGCGUCCCUACCCCACCCAAAGCCCCGAUCACAAACCUCCUUAACCCUCAGAACAUUAACGUCCACCGACCCCCCAGCUCCUCUCCGCUGGAGUCCGAGGCGGAGGAGGAUCAAGAGAAUACCCGCUUGGUGUCCAUUGAGGAGUUCUUGACACAGGACAAAGAGCCAGCGUACAGGAAGCAGCAGAGUUACAGCAGAGGGCUUGUGGAGCCUCCCGGUGACUACCUCGCAGACAACAGCCGCUCAGAUCUGUCCGACAUCCUGGAGGAGGAGGAGGAGGAACUUUACUCCGACCACUUUGGAGAAGCACAGGCCAGGGGCUACUCAGUCAGAGCACUAAGGGAGCCCAGCCAGGUCCCUCCAGCUGAGGCAGGUCCAUCGUGGGGAGUGCAGGCUGAGCUCUCUUCUAAACCAGCGUGCUUGCAGGCCAGGCAACUCAGAGGUGGUGUUGAUUCCCCAAAGAUCAAAGUCGACGGUGACAUCCGUAUCUUUGUGGCCCUCUUCCCGUACGAUCCUGUCUCUAUGUCACCUAAUCCUGAUGCUGCUGAGGAAGAGCUGCCCUUCACUGAAGGACAGAUCAUCAAAGUUUAUGGAGAUAAAGACGCAGACGGGUUCUACAGAGGAGAGUCUGCUGGUCACCUGGGCUACGUGCCGUGUAACAUGGUGUCUGAGAUCCAGGUGGAGGACGAGGAGACCCGGCAGCAGCUACUGCAGCAGGGCUUCUUGUCCACAGCGGCCUCCAUGGAGAAGAUCGGCACUCGCACACACGCACAGCUUCCCCGUCGCCCUGUUCCACCGCCGAAACCGAGACGAUCCAAGAAAGUGGAGUCUGCGGCGCUCUGGGAGGAGAGCUUAGACUCCUCCAGCCAAGAUCCCAGCCAGACUGCCGCUGCUCCUGCAGCUGUGGGGAACCCCGCCCCAGGAGCUCGCAGGAUGGUCGCCAUCUUUGAUUAUGAUCCACGAGAGAGCUCCCCAAACAAUGAUAUAGAGGCUGAGCUGACCUUCAGUGCAGGAGACAUCAUACAUGUGUUUGGUGACAUGGACGAAGAUGGCUUCUUCUACGGAGACUUGAAUGGACACAGCGGCCUGGUGCCCUCCAACUUCCUGCAGGCCGUACCAGAGGAAGCUGAGGCUCAGCCAGCACCAGAACACAGGAAAGAAUUACAGGAUACCGGGACGUCUUCUACAGAGCCACAAGACCCCGGGCCCUCAACCCUCGAAGAGGCUUUCCCUGACCCGACGGAGCACACAAACCUGGCACCCAAACUGGCACCCGCUGCGAGCUUCGCGUCGGACCUGGACCCAGCUCCAGCUCCAGCUCCAGCUCCAGCUCUAGCAGCAGUGGAGGCCUGCUGCUCCCCUCCAGCCCCCCUCCCUCCAGCAGACAGCCCUGCACAGACAGACUGCUCCCCACAAGGCAAGAAGAAGAAAAGCUUUUUCUCCAAAGGCAAGAAGCUGUUCAAAAAGCUGGGAUCCAGCAAGAAAGAAUGAGUCAGGACAUCUGACUCAGAAUACUCGCGUCACAUUGAAAGCACUUUUUCUAUCUCCACUGUUAGUCUCAGUCGGUAGUCGGCACGGUGAGUGGCUAUCAGAUCUAAUAACUGAUGCUGUAACCGUCAGUAAUUCUACAUUUGCCUUAGAGCACUGCUAGCAGCUGUUACAUUUAGAGUACGUCAACAUACCGCUUACAGCAUCACACGAGCAUGUCGAUGUGCAUGUUGAAGUGUGCAGAUACAUUCUCUGAAUACUACCUAACUAUCUAAGCAUUUGCAAAUGUUCAACUCAAUAGGCUUUACUGCUCGAUAUAAAACACUAAGUUAUCUCUCAAUGGAUCGGUUUUAUUUAUAACAAUAUGAUACAGAACGAUAUUGAACAGCACAGCAGACUUCAGCCCAGACACGCACAGAUAAUGAAAUGUUGGCUUUACCGUUCAUGUACUGGUGCCACUUUAUUGAUUUGAAAGCAGACGAACAGAAGCAGCAGUCUAUCUCUUCCUCUGUGUGACUAAAGAAUGCACUACCCAUCCCGAGCGGAUGUAUUUUAAAUAUCUUUCUGCUUGUCCCUCACAUUUGUUUCGUGUCUAUAAGAGUAUUUAUACUUUGUACAGAACUUGUUAUUUAUUUGUGUCAGACUCUCGCCCUAACCAUCACCACAUUGCAUGAAGUGACAUCAGGGCAGGAGGUUAGUCAUACAGACAGAAGGUCAUGACCUACUCUGAUAAGGGUAGUUUAGAUUUAGUUAGUUAUGGGGUUCAAGGUGUGUGUGUGUGUGUGUGUGUGUGUGUGUGUGUGUGUGUGUGUGUGUGUGUGUGUGUGUGUGUGUGUGUGUGUGUGUGUGUGUGUGUGUGUGUGUGUGUGUGUGUGUGUGUGUGUGUGUGUGUGAGAACAGAUGCCUUUCAAACAUUAGCACGGAAACUCUCGAUGUUUGUGACAACAGUCACAACUGGCUUAAAUGUUGCAUAAUACAUAUGUUCUGUCUGUGUGGGAGACGUGCAGCGUGUACAAAAACAAUGUAGUAUCUGGUGAUCAGUAUGCUGCUCUAUUAGCUAAUACGCUGACAUCUAAUUAUUAUUAUUAAAUCAUUAUCGAUUUAAUCUUUCGGCCUGUAAAACAAUAAAGAAACGGCCAUCACAGUUUCCUACAGCACACAGUGAUGUCAUGAAACAUCUUGUUUUGUCAGACCAACACUUCAAAACCCAAACAUAUUCAACGUACUGUGAUGUAGGAGCAAAAAAGCUAAUUCUCACAUUUGAGGACCUAAAAUCCAUCAAAUAUUUGGCAUUUGUGCUUAAAUUCAUAAUCAUAAUAGUUGCUAAUCAAUUUUCUCUAGAUCGACUUAUCCAGGAGUUUUCAAAGUCUAACGGUGUGUGUUAAGUUUAAUGUACUUAAAGUACAAAAGGUAAAAGACUCAUUAUGCAGAAUGACCCCUUGUCAAAAUAAUAUAUAUUAUAUUGUUGCAUUAUCAUUUUGGAUGCAUUAAUGUGUUCAUCACUUUAAGUUGCAGCUGGUGAAGUUGGAUAUUAACUAGUUGUUAUAUUGCAGCGUAGUUGAUUCAUAUUUUGUAUUUAUGAUCUGAAUCUAAAAAGUAACUAUUAACUAACGUUAAAUGGGUCAAAUAUUGGCUUCCAAAAUGUAGUCAAGUAGCUUAAAAUGGAAAUACUCAAGUAAAGUACAAGUACCUGAACAUUAUAAUACUAUUAGUAUUGAAAAGAAUCUAUUAAGCAACUUGAAAUAAGUUAAUAUUAAUGGAUUUCUUUAUAAUAAUAAUGUUCUAUAAGGGGAUAAUCGUGCUCCAAGUUUUGGAACUACAGUUCCCAUGAUUCUAGGGAGUUAGCUGCGGGCUACAACUUGAGCCGUGUAUUUUAGCCUAUAUUUGUUUACAAUUCUUUUCCAAAAGGACUCUGCAAUAACCUUUUCAUGUAUCUUUUCUUUUGCCUCCAUGUCUAAGUAUAGUGAAGUUCAACAUGCGGUGUGUUAACAGCCCGUGCAGUGUAGCGAGGAUUCGUUCUUUGUGUCCAAACAUGUGCAUCAGAAAAGUAUAGACAACUUUAGCAAUAUAGCUUAUUGUGUACAGCAAUACUAGAACAGAAAUCUAACGAUUCUGUAUCUUGUAAUGAAGGUGUAGUUCUGAGUUGUGCUGUGAGUGUGUGCACCCGGCCUUAGUAUUGAGCGUGUUAGCAGUUACAACACAUUCUGAUUAGAUCUUUUUCUCUGUGGCACAGGGCUGUUAAGUAACUUCUCAGGUUUUUACUUGUAGUUUCUUAUUAACGCUGAGCCACUUGUUGACUCUGGCUGUCAAAAAUAAACUGCAGAAUAUGCCAAAAUCUUAGGUGCUUUGCCCGUUACCGUAGCUACGAGAGAGCAGGCAUCCAGCAGCGUGGGGAUAUACUCGGUGGGAGUCAACGAUACGUGAAGGUUCCUCUUUUGAAGAUCAGGCCUGAUUUCACUCGUGCUGCUUGAUGGAGUCACACCUGAUGACGCAAGUUGGAGGCAAAUAGUUUUUCUUUACUGUCAUGAAUGUUUUAUUUGUGUGUCAGUGUUGCAUAAAGGGAGCAUGAUGACGCCAAGACAAAGACACUUUAGAUGUGAGAUAGACUGAGUCUGUACUGUAUGUUUAGUUUGUUUUGUUUUCUAAGAGGGUUGGAUGCUCAAAAGUUGCCGAAAUGUACAGCGAAUAUUUGUACUGAUCUUGUAUUUGACGGCCUUUUAAUGCACAAGUAUUCCUCUACCUGCUGUGUAGUGAGUAGGCGGCUCCGCUGUUGACUGAAUAGCUCCCACGUAGGUCGUAUUUUAGCUCAGUUGAUCAUAUUUAGCCUUACAAGAAGACCUUGUUUAGUCUUUAAUAUGUUGUUUACAGGCUGUUUAUUGACUGCAUGCAUACCAAUGUUAUACCCAUGUUCGGCCUUAUUUAUGUUACUGUCAUAUUUAUGUUUCUAGGCGGACCUGUCUACAAUAUUUGAGUUGUAGAUUGUCAAUGCAGUGGAGAAGAAGUUGUGUGUAUAUAAUGAACAGUGUUGGGACAGUGUGGUAUAUUUUCAUACAGCGCGGGAAACUUCUUCUUUUUUUGUCUUCCUGACCUGCAUUCAUUGUUUGAAAGUGGAAGAUUUACCUUUUUUUAUAUAUUUAAUGUUUUUAAUACUCAUCUGUAAAUAUUUUUGUUAAUAUUGUUUUUCAGAUUCUUUUUUUUUUUUUUUUGCAUGUCCGGGCAAUGUUGAGGGAGGAACAGAAACUGAAGAUGUAGUAACAGAGGACUUGAAGUUGUGAUGGUUUGUUUCAAUAUGGAUCUUUUUACAGGAAUAAAGUAUGUAUAUUUUCACAGAAAA